UGAAUUAAAUGCUACUGGAUAUCCUCUUCAAGAUGUAGCCUCAUGAGCCGAGUGUGAUAGCUCUGUUUAGCAGGUCACUGAUGCUGUUGUGCUAAAAUAGGACUCUGCCUCCUAAUCUUGGGAUUAUCUGGGUAGUGUUUGUACAGUGCUCUGACGACAGGGCUAUAUAAAUCUUAAGUAUCUAGGUUACAGGAAAACUGAACGAUGCAUUGAAUAGUUUUUGAAAGUUUAAUGAGAAUUAGUACAGAACAGACCCCACUUGUACAGCUGAGCAUAGACCUUGGCCAAGUGGGUAGGCAAUAAACCAUGUCAAGGGUGAAGAGGCUUUUAUACUCUUUAGAGAGCAGUGAAAGCAUAAUGUGGGAGUACUGAUAUAUUCUGAUACAGCCUGCGUGAGGCUGCGAUACACCUAUUCUAGAAUGGGUUACCUAAACAGAUAGCUACUGUGCAGCUUAUAAUCUUGUGAUAAGGGACAGAAGAUGACAGUAGUUUACCGAGUCAUUUAUAAAAACCCAAUUCUGUAUUUGGAUAGGAAUGCUUUCCCAUCUAACCCCUCACUUUUAGAAAAUGCCUGGCUCUCCAGAACAGCUGUGUCACAUUGCAAGCUGCUCUUGUCCUUUGUAGCAGGCAGCUAGCAUCAAGUCUGAAGUCAUAGACCAAAACAGGAACUUUAUGAUAUAUAAUUUGUGCAGCAGCACACGCAACCUAAUGGUACUUUAACUUUGGAAUUGCCAGGUAGAAAUUCAGCAAUGAUUUGAUUUCCCUUUCUUGUGUGUGGUUUGUUUUUCUUGCAAGUUGCAUGGUACAGUGCAGUAGUUCCCCAGCUGGUCUGCAGAUGGAUUAUGGAUGGCACAGCCCUGUGCCUUUCUAGUGUCUUCAGUUAAAGCUUGAUAAAGGUGUAGAGUGACUACAUUGCAAAGAAGCAAAAUUAUGGUACAAAUCCAGUUAUUUUUCUCUGCUAGCCACUUGCCAAACCUGGCUAACUUUCACGCAGCAGUCAUUUUAAGAGUUUGUGGUUGACUUGUUAGGAAAUGUAGAAAACAGGAACUGAUAUUUUAGUUGUGUCCCCCCACCAAGUCUUCAAAGAACUUCAGCAAGACAGAAAACUGCUGUCCUCUUGCAAAGUCAUUUCAUGAAUUGGUUGCAUCCAAGUCUUCCAAAAUCUCUCUGGAGCUACUGUUACACUAAUGGAAGGUAGAAGAAUAGUUGUUCUGCAGGCUUCAAAUGUUGUGCGGUUACUUUUUCAAGAAUAUAUCUUGAUAAUACGAUUUUAGUUCCGUUUUUGAUACUUUAUAUCAUAAGCAGCAAGAUGGCCGCUCAAUAAGCCCUUCUUAGCAAGAAGAGAGCAGAGUAAGUGGUGAAAGACGAAGUCCAGAGGGAGCUGAGUGCUGAUCCAUUGCAGAGAAUGUGCUGUCCUGGCAUGCUUUGAAAAGAGUCGAGAGGGAGAGACUCUAGAGUCAGAAAUCCUUGGGAACAGUUUUCCUGAUGUUCCCCUUUCAGGUAGUGGAAGCAGAUUUUUCUCUUGGGGUCUGGUACAGAGCCUCUUGCCAGCUUAUUUUUGGGGUGGGGUGGAUGCUCUGGAGAUACUGAAGAGGCAUUGUCUACUUCCAGUCCUUCAAGGGGAAAGAAAGGGGUGGGUUGCCCUGUGGAUCCGUGAUACAGAGAAUUCCUUCCAGCAGAGGGGAAAGGACUCCACCUGGAAGCUCUCUGGAUGAUGUCACAGCACUCACAAUGACAUCAUAGUUGAGCUGGCAUAUGGCCUUGCACUGGAAGUCCUCAGUAGAUGCACAGCAGGAGCCAGGAGCAUCAUGGCUGUCCCCAGGAUCACGAGCAGAUCCUUGUCUUCAAGGUCUCACAAUAUUGGCCCCUUUCCCUCUCUGGCCUGGGGAGAUGAAUCUGAAGGUGAAAAAACCCUGAAGCCAGGUCUAGUGAGGCAACAGGCCAGCGUCCUCACGAGCAAAGCCAGCGGGGCAAGCUCCUUUCACAGACGCAUGGGGGAGUUUGCAGAAGUCGCGGACGCGGCCGGCGUGCAGCAGGUGGAGGAUCUGAUUAGUUCUGAGCACUUGCAAAAACUGGCGCGAAUGUUUCAGAAGCCGAACAGAGACAAAACCAGAGGGCUGGAUAUUGAGGAGUUCCGUGAAGCAGUGAAGGAGAUAAUGGGCAAUAUUGAAAAUGAAGAUAUUGAUGUCAUGUUUAUGAAGGUUGACAGCAAUUGCGAUGGCUCUGUAGUCUGGGAAGAGUAUCUGAACUACAUGCUACUACAAUACAGGGGGAAGGUUGACAUGCUGGAGGGCAAAUCGCAUCUGUUAUUUCAGACACCUAUGAAAGUCAUCCCAGCGAUGGUAGGCCAGGAAAUCAUCAAGGUGCAGUUUUACCCAAGCCAGGGCUGGGCCAGGGACAAGCAGAAGGCAGCCAAGAGCAGCAGCAGCCGGAGCCUGUCGGGCCGGUUCCUGACAGUCACCAGGGAUGGAGUCCUGCUCUACUGGAGCGACGCAUUCAAGCUGCUCCGCACCGUCCGUCUUGACCAGACCAAGCGAAAGCACACUCAUAAGAUGUGGGUCAUCGACAUGGUGUGUCUGCCAAAUAUCAGCCUGUUGGCAGUCGCAUCUACUGAACGGACUAUCGAGUUCUUCGAUAUUAGUGGCGUCAAAUGUGACAGGGUUUUCUACCUUGCUGAGCUGGAAGGAUGUGCGACAGCCCUGGAUUACUGGACAGAUGGGCACAAAGGAGUGUUUUGUGCUGGUGAUGCGAAAGGAAAUGUUCUGAUCUUCACCUCCCUGAAUGUUUUGGCAAAUGGACUCUUCAACGUUCGUCCCUAUAUAAUUAAACCAGGUGUUGCGGCCAGGAUUCCCAUGCAGCUUCUCCUGAAAGAAAAGGGCUCCCUGUACAGCAGUUUCCGAAUGCCUGCUCUCCACGAGGACUGGUGCCACCAGAUAAAGUUCAUUCCUGAGCUCAAUCUCGUUGCCUCCUGUUCUGCAACUGAUAAGGGAGCCAUGGUGCUUACUGCACUUCCACUAAAUAACCAGGGUAAACCCCAAUCAUCUGCCAUUGCUUUAAAGAAAGGCAUUCUCUGCUUCGACUAUUCCCCCAGGAUGAAUGUUCUCGUGACUGGGGGACUGGAUCCACUGAUUAGAAUCUGGAACCCCUACGUUACCAACAGCCCCAUAACCAUGAUGAAAGGCCACGUUACUGCAGUGACUCACGUGAUAGUGAGCGGGUACAGAAACACUAUCCUCAGCAUCUCAAAAGAUAAGAAUAUCCGUAUUUGGGACCUGCUGGAUCACUUCUGUCUGCAGUCCAUUCCUAGCAGAAGUAUCUCGUUAGGGAACUGUCCUAUCAUUGGUGUCUAUUACAAUGAGUUAAACAACGUCCUCAUCUGCACUACCACCUCCAUUGGCAUCCUCUAUGCUGCUGCAGAAUUAAUGGAGGGCAGUGGUUCAGAAGUCACAUCCCAUGACCAGCCUCUGUGUGCAGCAUUGUAUAACAAGAACUUCCAGCAGGUGGUCAGCGGUUGCUACAGUGGCGUGGUCAGAGUCUGGGAUAUCAUGACUGGGCAAAAGAUGAUGCAGUUUAAGGCCUCGGAGGGGAAGCAGACAGAAGUCACGGCCAUGGCUUUUGACGGUGCAGAGAGACGUCUCAUCACUGGCUUGAAAGAUGGAACGAUCAAGUUCUGGAACUUCAAUAACGGGGACUGUCUCCUCGAGCUGCCUUGCUUGGAUAAGACUGAGAUCAGUGGGAUUCUGUACAUCAACCGGAAGAUAUAUGUGUCUGGGUGGAGUAAAAGAGUUGCAUGGUAUCUAGAUGGCAAAGCAGGUGAAGUAUUUGAACACAAGCACUGGAAAUGCUACCACUCGGAAGAUAUCUUUUCUAUGGACAUGCACAACAACAAGCUCUUGGUUACUGCUUCGUGUGAUGGAGAUGUAGUGAUCUGGAACAUAGACUCAGGACGGGCAUUCUGCAGGUUUAAUGCAUCCCAGAGUCCUUUGACCCUGAUGCCAAACAGAGUGUUUAUGGAGGAUGACUAUCCCAGGAAAGGAAGUGCCCCAAAGAACGUGUCAUUGCUUUUGAAGUUCAGCACUCAAGCUGAGGCUAGGAAAAAGUGCUGGGUCGAUGCGAGUCCUAGGUUGCCAACAAGGCCCAUAAGUGCUAAGCAUAUUUCUUCUUCCUCUUCUGGCUACUGGAAAGCCCCUGCUUCUGCUCCACCUGGCAUGAGACAGCCCAAAGGGAAGGAACGAGAGGAAGCCAAGAGGCAGCAGGUGGCCCUGUCUGCAGGAGCAGGUGAGGGUGCUGAGGUGGGCAGAGAGCCAAGAGCUGCUGGAGCUGGUAAACAAAGGAAGAAUAAGUUGAACUGCUGGACGGAGCUGAAGGGCUCCUCAGCUGCUGUGCAAAAGGUGCUUUUCCUGCAGACCCGGGAGCGAAACCCUGACACGGCCAUUCUGCUUACCAGCUCUGCAGAUGGCUACGUCUAUGCUUGGUCAGUCGGUGGGAAGGGGGGUCUGCUGGGCAAGUUCCGGCCAGUGCCUAGGGAUGAGAACGCUGUAGUCAACGCCAUGGCCACAGACUCGAACGACUGGAUCCUGUUGACUGGUGAUUCCCUCGGCUACAUUAAAGUCUGGGACAUCGAGCAUUACUGCAAACCAAAAGUGGUAAAGAGAGUCUCCGAAGUGGGAAAGACGGAGGCAUCUCCUAAAGUGAAGAAUGAGUUUCGAGUCUUAAUCCCACGGUACUGCAGAGCUCCUGCCAGACAAAGUCCACCAUUGAUGGAAACUACGGAGGUCCUGGACGGCUGGGUUACUUCCCUGGUAGCUCCAGACCUUCUAAGCUCUUGGAGAGGUCACUUGAAGAACAUAUCCCACAUUGUGUAUGUGGAAAGGCUCCGGCUGAUUGUGACUGCCAGUGAUGACUGCAACAUCAAGCUCUGGCUGCUGUCAGGCAGACACAUCGGGACCUUUGGGCAGUCGGUAUGGGAUGUCAGGCUGCAGCACCUGAACGCAGCUAAGGUGCCUGGGGACAUCCGAAGAGUUGGUUCUGUUCAGACCCUGAAAGUGCUCAACGAAGGCGCUUCUCCUCUUUGGAAACGUACUCAGAGCCUUAUGCAGUCGACAGGCCAUCUGAAGAAGCAGCAGUCCGUGCUGAUGGAGUAUUUGCAUGAAAAAGCAGGCCUCAGCUUAGGCGCACAGAAGACCGGUGGAGAAACAUCCCUGAAAGAGAAGCGAAUCAUUGACCAAGUCGAGGCCACCUGGCAAAAGUGGGAGAAGACGGAGAAGCUGAAGAGCGAGAUCCUGGGAUGUUCCUACAAACAGAAAGCACGGCGGCACUUGCCUGAAUUCCUCCCCAGCGUGAAGACAUACAUCAGCAGAGAUCAGGCAAGAGUCUACCACUGUAUGCAAUAUGCCGACCUGCAAAAUGUCACUCCGCCACCAGUCCCUGAGCUGCUGGUUGAGAUGCAGCAACUUCAGGCAAGCUUUUACAACAGACCAAGGUUGGCCAGGAAACAAUCUACUUCCAAUGCCCGAAGGCAGAGUCUGAAGACCCCGCUCCAGCAUUAUUUAUCUUCCCACAAAAAGGACUGAACUUUGCAGCCAGCAGCUGAUCUGGUCCUUUGCAAUAUGGAUUCAUACCUUAGCAGAGAAGAAAAGUAGAGGAUAAGUAAUAAACUAGUCCUUGGCUAAGAAAACACAGCUAACUGAAGUCCGUACACUAUGCAUGCCUUAUUCCUGGCUUGCAAUAGUUGCGGAUAAUCCUGGCCAUCUCUCUUUUUUUAUACGAGCACUGAACAGGGACAAUAUUCGAGAUAACGCUGGAUCGUGCAAAUAAAGGUAACAUUCAUUUUG